AUGCAGGAUAAUUAUUUUUUCAAUUUAAGUAGUUCAUAAGCUGCUAGUGAAAUAAAAUCAGAAGUAUAAGACAAUUAUUCCAAAAUAAGCAGAAGUUCAAAAAGUUUCGGGGGUGUUUCCUUUUUAUCUAGAAUUACAACAAGCCCAAUUAAUAUGCUUACCUCAUCAGAUUUAGAUAGUCAGAUAAAAGAUAAAAUUUGCUUCUUAAGUCCUUUAUAAGCAUACAUCUAAAUAAACCCCAAAGAACCCUAUGAUUUGUUUUAUGCCUCAAGUACCAAUAUUUAGGGGAAAUUCGGAAUCAUUAUUAAAAGCCAAAACAAAGACUUAGUAACCAUUAGUUAAGCAUAUCCAGAUAAAACAAUUAAUGAAUUAGAAUUUUUGGCCACCAUUCAAGGAAUGAAAUAUUGUAUCGAUUUAGGAAUAAAAAUAUUGAAUGUGAAGGGAAAUAGUCAAGUAUAUUGACUUUAUAUGUUAGUUAGUCACAAAGCAUAGAAGCUUUAAUUUAUAAGGUGAAUUGGCAUUCCUUAAGGAAGUAAUACUUAAAUAUUCUUAAUUUUUCUAUUAAAUAAACUUUGUAUAAAUUCCAAAAGAAACAAAUCAUUAAGCCAAGUAAUUAUCAAGAGAGGAAAAGAGUUUUGUAAAAGUGGUAUAAGAUUAAAGCAAAAUAUAAGAUCAAUCAAUCUCUAUUGAUCAAAUCUAAUUUUAACAUUUAUCGCAACAAUCUUAUUCAAAAUAAAAUAUCAAUAAUUUAUCUGCUAUACUACCAUAAAAGCCACAUUUAGAUUCAAUUUUACUUGAAUAUACAGAUAUCUUCAGUGAAUAUAAUAAAUAAAAGAUCAAACCAAUAAAUUUAGAUUAAAAUAGAGAUUAUGCUUUAAUUUUUGGGAAAAUCAAUGAUAACACAAAUAAAGGGGCGAAUUUUAUGAUAAAGCAAGAUUUGAAUGAGAUAAUUGCUGGGACAUUCUACUUUCCUUAAGAAACUAAUGCGUUACAAGAGAUCUCGCUGCUAUAUGGAAUGAGGUUCUUACUAGAAUGUUAGAUUACUUAUUUAAAUUGUUUCACAAAUGAUGAAGUAUAAAUUAAUAAGAGAAUUUUAGACAUUUUGUAAAUUAUUUGACAACGAAAACAAUAAGUUAAUGUAAAGUUAGAUAAAGGAGUAGAAAUGCUUAUAUAACAUGAAACAAUUAUUCCAAAGAACAUCGUGUAGAAAAAUUGAAUCAGGUUAAUUGAAAGCAUUGAAAGAACCCUACUAAAAUAAGCAAUCAAGAUUUUAAAUUCUGGAUGAAUCAAUCUUGAAUUCAAAUGGGAUAGCUCCAAAAUAAUAAUCAAUAACAUUUUCAAAAUUUUCAUAGAUUUACAAUUUUAAUAAUUAAUUUAGAAUAUGAAUUAAUUUCAUCUAAUAGGCAAU